UUCUCGGCCUAUUGCGAUGCGUUCUCCCGCAAGGGUCGGAACCUUUGUAACCCUCUGAAGGGUCCGACGGAAUGAUUUGGAAGCUGGACCAGAAGGACCAACUUUGGUGCUGAAGAAGGCAUGGCAGGAGUGGGGAGCGAUUUAAAGUCCUCGGUGCUGAAGCACCGGCGCACGACCCUCGAACGGGUGGAAAAGUUUAUUUCGCAGGAUUAUUUUGUGGACUGUAACCUCCGGGGAAGACUGUUUGGUGACACAUGUGCAUUGGCCUCUCUGUCUUACUUUGAAACUUCUAAACGAAUUCCAUACAGUGAAGCUAUCAGAGAAAAAUUCAGCCCUAUUAAAGUUGGAGAUAGUUUUGGACAGACUUUCAGUGUCACUUUUCUAAGGUGGCACACCUGCUGGUUUAAAGUAGAACUCAGCAUUCCCAAGAAAUGGACUGGAAAGGAAGUGCAUCUUCUUUGGGAAAGCGAUGGAGAAGGAAUGAUUUGGAGGGACGCUCAGCCCAUUCAGAGUUUGACUCGAGAAGGUGAGAAGACCAGCUACAUGCUGACAGACAGUCUAAAGGAGACCGACUCUCAUGGCUUCACCCUCUAUCUGGAAGUUGCCUGCAAUGGUCUCUUCGGAGCUGGGAAGGGCAGUAUGAUCGCACCGCCAGAUCUGGACCAAACGUUCUCCUUGAAUAGAGCAGAGCUGGUGGUUUACAACCAGGAUGUCCAUGAGCUUCUGGUGGACUUUGAAAUCCUCUUGGACAUGGCCAAGCUCCUCGGAGAGGAAAACCAGCGGAGCUUCCAAGCGCUUUACGUAGCGAACCAGAUGGUGAACCUGUGUGAUGUCAACAACCCGGCAACCUUCCGUGCGGCGCAUGAACUGGCCCGCUCUGUUUUCUGCCAGAAGAACGGAGAUAGCCAGCACAUCAUCCAUGCCAUGGGCCACUGCCACAUUGAUACUGCUUGGCUAUGGCCUUACGAGGAGACAGUCCGUAAAUGUGCACGCAGCUGGGUAACUGUCAUACGGCUGAUGGAGAAGAACCCGGACUUCAUAUUUGUCUGUUCACAGGCCCAGCAGUUUGAAUGGGUGAAGACCUAUUACCCUGGCUUGUUUGCUGCAAUUCAAGAAUUUGCAAAAAGAGGACGCUUCAUACCGGUCGGGGGAACCUGGGUAGAAAUGGAUGGAAACCUUCCAAGUGGAGAAUCCAUGGUUCGCCAGUUCCUGCAGGGACAGCGUUUCUUCCAGCAGGAAUUUGGGAAGCUGUGCUUAGAGUUCUGGCUGCCUGACACAUUUGGUUAUUCAGCACAACUGCCACAAAUAAUGUGUGGCUGUGGGAUACGUCGUUUCUUAACUCAGAAGUUGAGCUGGAAUCUGGUGAACACUUUCCCGCACAGCACCUUUUUCUGGGAAGGCAUAGAUGGAUCCCAGGUUUUGGUUCACUUCCCUCCUGUAGAUUCCUAUGGAUUGUCCGGUCGUGUGGAUGAGAUGUUGAAAACGGUGAAGAAUAAUAAGGACAAGGGCCGCAUGAAUCACAGUGUCGCUCUGUUUGGGUUUGGAGAUGGAGGAGGGGGCCCUACCCAGAAGAUGCUGGACAGGCUACAGAGAAUGAAGGAUACAGAUGGCCUACCCAGGGUUCAAAUGUCUGUCCCAGAUCAAUUUUUCUCUGCCCUGGAGAAGGAAAAGGCUCAGCUGUGCACUUGGGUUGGAGAACUGUUUUUGGAGCUGCACAACGGCACCUACACAACUCACGGACAGAUUAAAAAGGGAAACAGGGAAUGUGAGCGUUUACUCCAUGACAUCGAGAUCCUGAGUAGUUUGGCUCUGGUGCAGAAACGUUCUUUCCAGUAUCCUUCUGCUCAGCUUCAGCAGCUGUGGAGGCUCCUGCUCUUGAACCAAUUCCAUGAUGUCUUGCCAGGCAGUUGUAUCCAGCUUGUAGCAGAGGAUGCCAUGCGGUACUACUCAGAAAUUCGCAGUUCUGGAGCCCAGCUUCUGAAAGAGGUCACCCAUUCUUUGUGCGGAGAACUGUUGGCCAGCAAGGACCAGAGCAGCGAUACCAUCCUGGUGGUCAACACUUUGCCAUGGGAAAGAACCGAAGUCGUUUCCAAAACUGGACCGCAAGGAACUGAGGCUUUAGCUUUGGUGACUGUUCCCAGCCUGGGCUUCUGUGCUGUUCAAGAGUCAUUCUCUCCUCCACAUCCUGUGACCGUCAAUAAAGAGGCAGAUGGUUCUGUGACGUUGGCAAAUGGUAUCAUCCAAGCCUGCCUCGAUCCUUUGGGACGGAUGGCGUCCCUUUCUUUACUACACCCAAAAAGAGAGGCUGUUCCGGAGGGUUACCAGGCCAACCAGUUUGUGAUCUUUGAUGAUGUCCCUCUGUAUUGGGAUGCCUGGGAUGUGAUGGAUUAUCACCUGGAGACCAGGAAGCCCAUUACCCAUCUCCUAAAACCCCUGGAAAUUUCCACCCUGGGUGGCCUGCGGGGCAGUGUGACUUUCUCCCUGCAGCUCAGCGAGAGGAGCAUCUUAACCCAAGAGGUUAUCCUGGACGCAGCGAGCCCUUACAUCUCCUUCCGGACUCAGGUUGACUGGAACGAAGCUCACAAGUUCCUCAAGGUGGAAUUUCCAGCCAAGGUUCGGAGCCCAAACGCCACUUACGAGAUCCAGUUUGGCCACCUGCAGAGACCAACACAUUGGAACACAUCCUGGGAUUGGGCCCGGUUUGAGGUGUGGACUCACAAAUGGGUAGACUUGUCUGAGCACGGCUUCGGGGUUGCCUUGUUGAAUGACUGCAAAUAUGGCUGCUCGGUCCACGACAACGUGAUGAGCCUGUCCCUGUUACGUGCUCCAAAGUCCCCUGAUGCUACUACAGAUAUUGGGCGUCACCAGUUUACCUAUGCAGUGAUGCCUCACCUGGGUUCUUUCCAAGAAGCUGGGGUAAUCCAGCAGGCCUACAGCUUGAAUUUUCCUCUUCAUGUCACGAAGGGCGCUCCUCCUGGGCCAUAUCCAGUCUGGAGUGCCUUCUCUGUCCUGUCUCCAGCUGUUGUCCUGGAAACGAUGAAGCAGGCUGAGGACAGAUCAGAUGCCUUGGUCAUCCGACUUUACGAGUCCUACGGCAGCACCGUUGACACCUGGCUCCAAGUGGGCUUCCCGAUUCAAGAGGCAGUCAUGUGUGACCUCCUUGAAAGACCUGAUCCCAACACCUCCUUGGUUCUGGAAGAAGAUCUGUUGAAGCUUUCCUUUCAGCCCUUCCAAAUACUCUCUAUCCUGCUGGUCUUGAAAGAACAGAGCAGGGAUUAAGGCUUACAACAGACUGCCUGCGAUGACCCGGGGCAUGGCACAGAGGCAACACAGGCAGCUGGCAGUUCAAACUGCCCCUUGAUUGCUCCGAAUUCCCCCAAACGCUCCCACGUUUCUGGCAAGUCCCAGAGCAGAGUGAUGAUAUGCACACACACACACACCUCAAGCAGCCUCUCUCUGCAAAUAGUCCAGUCCAAUGCUGUGAGCACCACGCCUGCAGGGCAAGAAAUCUAACAGUCAAGUCGAAGAGUCCGGGAAGCAAAGGAGCAAGGCAAGGAAUCAAAAAAUCAAGGCGGAGGAAUGCAAGGAAUCCAGGAAAGUUCAAACAUCGGCACUCAACUCAUCCAUUAAUUCAGCAUUUGUUCCCGACAAAUGCCCUUCCCCGCAGUGUCUCCUUAAGUCUCAGUCCCCAGGUGUGCCUUGUGAAAAGGGGCGGUGCACUCUCUUCCUGAGUAGAUGAGUCAGUCUGUGCUGUUCUCGCCUUCUCUCCACUCUCCGUGCUCGAGGAUCAGGAGGGGGCGGUCCCUGCUCAUCGCCUGAGCUGUGUCUCUCACGUUCACUGCUUAGCCUCUCUUCUUCUUCCUGCCCGUUCCUUCCUACAAGCCGUUCUAAUCCUGAAAGGCCCUGCCUGACUGGGCCUGCUCCUCCUCAUCUUCCUCUGAAGCCAACAAAGCCACCCCUUCAAUCUCUGUCAGCUCCAGUUCCAGCUCGUCUUCCCCCACAGAUUCAGUCUCCAAUGGGGGCACAACACUGCUCUUCUAAGGACUCCUCAACUGGACCUUCUGUUGCCUGCCUAACAGAGAGCGAAGAGCCCCAUGGACGGAUUACAGGGAUGGGUUACAGGUAGUCCACAGUUUAUGAUCACAGUUGGGACUGGAGCUUAAGAGCCGUGGUGGCAAAGUGGCUAGAAUGCGGCAAUGCAGGCUAACUUACUGCCUACUGUCAACAGUUCGAUCCUGACCGGCUCAAUGUUGACUCAGCCUCCGUCGAUAAAAUGAGGAUCUAGAUUGUGGUUUGGGGCAAUAUGCUGAAUCUGUAAACCGUUUAGAGAGAGCUGUGAAGCGGUAUAUAAGUCUGAGUGCUAUUGCUAUUUUCCUUCCUUCCUUCCUUCCUUCCUUCCUUCCUUCCUUCCUUCCUUCCUUCCUUCCUUCCUUCCUUCCUUCCUUCCUUCCUUCCUUCCUUCCUGUUAGAAUGCAAGUCUUGCAAGAUAACUCUGCCAGCUGCCAUCAGUUCGAUCCUGACCGGCUCAAGGUUGACUCAGCGUUCCAUCCUUCCGAGUUCGGGAAAAUGAGGACCCAGAUUGUUGUUGGGGGCCAUAAGCUGACUUCAUAGACGUUUUAUAAACACUUAGAGAGGGCUGUAAAGCACUGUAAAGCGGUAUAUAAGUCUUAAGUGCUAUUGCUAUGAUGUAAUUGAGUCAAAUUGAUGUUUUUCCCAUAGUUGUUAAGCAAAUCAUGUGGUCGUUGAUCAAAUCAGUUAGUCAUUAAGUGAAUCUCUCUUCUCUCUUCAUUGACUGAGCUUCUUGGACGAUCAAGAGAUAUGCCAAAAAA